AAAGUUUAUUUAUUCUGUUUAUUACUAGAAUUGUACGUAACAUUAAAUCUAAUAUCCUCAAAAUGGUUAAGGGAAAAAGGGCGUCUAAGGCGUCAACAAAAGAUGUCGAAAUGAAGGAAGUUGAGAAAAAAGAAGAAGAAAAACCAGAAAAAGAUGAAAUUGACCCGAAAGAAAAGGCUGAUAAAGCUUUUAUUGAAGAUUUCAAAGAACAGUUACGACUUUUAGAUCGUUCCGUGACUAUGAAGGAGCCUCGUCAUGCUAUGAGAGUAAUGCGGUCAAUCCCUGCCACUCGAAGAAGAUUAAAUCCCGAAAUAUUUCAUCAAAUCAUCUCGCUCGUGUACAAUGGAAGAGAAGCUACUGACAAUGCAAAUAAAGAAAUGCUUUUGUCCUUCAUUGAUGAACCUAUGGAAACAGCUACAAAACAAAGUGCAGACGCUGCUUCAGCACCGCCUUCGCGACAAGCAAAGAGUUUUCGAAUUCCGGAGACUGAUAUUUACAUCCACCUCCUAGUGCUGAUCUACGUUGUUGAUAAAAAUUCGUACGAUGAGGCUGUUAAGUUAUCAACUGCAAUUGUCACGAAACUUGUGAGCCAAAAUCGCCGUUCACUUGACAGUUUGGCUGCGAAAUGUUAUUUCUAUUACAGCAGAGCUUAUGAAAUGACGAACCGUUUGGAGGACAUAAGAGGCGUGUUACAUUCUCGACUGCGAACUGCAACGUUGAACCACGACCAGGAAAGCCAAUCUGUGCUGUUGAAUUUACUUCUUCGGAACUACUUGCAUUAUAAUUUGUACGACCAGGCUGAAAAACUUGCAUCGAAAUCAACGUUCCCGGAGACAUCGUCGAACAACGAAUGGGCAAGAUUCCUUUACUACACUGGUAGAAUUAAAGCUAUUCAAUUAGAGUACUCAGAAGCACACCAGACGCUACUCAGCGCUCUUCGCAAAGCCCCGCAAGCAACUGCUGUCGGAUUCAAGCAAACUGUGACUAAAUUGCUUGUCACGGUUGAGUUACUUCUCGGAGAAAUUCCAGAGCGUGCUCAAUUCAAAAAAGAAUCGAUAAGGGGUGCUUUGAUACCGUAUUUCGAGUUAACACAAGCGGUUCGGACAGGAGACUUGAAGCUCUUCAAUGAGAAUUUAGAAAAGCAUGGAGAUGUUUUCCGGGCGGAUCGCAUGUACACGCUUAUUUUACGAGUCCGUCAUAAUGUUAUCAAAACUGGAGUUCGACAAAUAUCUGUCGGAUAUUCUAGAAUUUUCCUCACUGACGCUGCGAAAAAAUUACAACUCGAUUCUGCAGAGGAGGCGGAGUUUAUCAUCGCCAAGGCGAUUAAAGACGGAGUCAUUGAAGCGGAAAUUAAUCACGAGGAAGGGUAUGUUCGUACUCGUGAUACAACUGAUGUUUAUGGGACACGGGAGCCGCAGAAAGCAUUCCAUAAUCGAAUCGAAUUUUGCUUGGAUAUCUAUCGUAAUUCAGUUAUGGCAAUGAGGUUUCCCCCAAAAUCAUACCACGCUGAUUUAGAGAGCGCGGAAGAGCGCCGUGAAAGAGAACUUCAAGACAUCGAGUUCGCAAAGGAAGUGGCUGAGGAGGACGAUGAAUACCCUUGAAAAAAACUUUGACCUUAAAAACUCUUUUUUCAAAUUUGUUGCUAUCUCUGGCCCCGUUCAUUACUGGUAAAGUAAAUGGACAAAUUGGUUAAAAAUUUCUAGAUAAAGCUCAGAAAUUGUCUGGAAUUUACUUAUUAUUUAAAUUAAUCGAAUUCAGUGUAUUCUUGCAACCUAUAUAGGGUGUCCAUAAAGUCUUAAAAUUGCAAAAGUAAUUUAUUGUUACCGAAUAUUGUUUCGGUCUUCACACAUGUAUUAAAUGAAGUAAAAAUACUUGAACACUUACGAACAAUUAAAAAAUAACAAACCUGGUUCAGAUAUAUUGACAACAUGAUUUAAAUAACGAAAUUAAAAUUGUAAAGAGACUUCAUCGACACCCUGUAUAUCAAUACCCUUUCCACUUAUAGUCGAGGACAUAGACAUAGACAUUCAAAGAAACUUCAUAAAAAAAGAUCCAAAUUUUAGUAGUUGCUCAAUGUGUGCAUUACCCUGCUGUGAACUCCCUAUUGACUAAUUCUUUCCAAACUUUUGGAUUAAAAUUUUUUCCAGUGAUUACAACCUUAUGUCAUUGUACAGUUCCAUUGAGUUGUGAUUUUUCUACUGUAAUAAUAUAAGUGGAUUUACAUCACAGAAUGC